UGUCCCAGAGGGAGGAGCUGAAAUCUGAACCUCUCGGCUGUGAUUGGAUCCUUCCUGCAAAAGCCAGGGGAAAAAACCCUCCCAGCCCCAGCAGGCUCAGUUCGUAAAGGAGCCCGGCGACUCGAGAGGCGCCCGCCGUCCGCCGCACCUGAGCGCGGCCCUGGCCAGCCCCGCGGCCGCGAUGCUGUAGGGCCCGGCCCGUCCUCCCGCCGGACCGUUAUCCGCGCCGGCGCCGCUGGACCCGCCGGCAAGAUGCCGCGCUCCUUCCUGGUCAAGAAGCAUUUCAACGCCUCCAAAAAGCCAAACUACAGCGAACUGGACACACACACAGUGAUCAUUUCCCCAUAUCUCUAUGAGAGCUACCCCAUGCCUGUCAUCCCACAGCCGGAGAUCCUCAGCUCAGGAGCAUACAGCCCCAUUACCGUGUGGACUACGACGGCUCCGUUCCACUCCCCACUGCCUAAUGGCCUCUCACCUCUCUCCGGGUACCCCUCAUCCUUGGGGAGAGUGAGUCCCCCUCCUCCAUCUGACACCUCAUCCAAGGACCACAGUGGCUCAGAAAGCCCCAUUAGCGAUGAAGAGGAAAGACUACAAUCCAAGCUUUCAGACCCCCAUGCCAUUGAAGCUGAGAAGUUUCAGUGCAAUUUAUGCAAUAAGAACUAUUCGACUUUUUCUGGGCUGGCCAAACAUAAGCAGCUGCACUGUGAUGCCCAGUCUCGGAAAUCCUUCAGCUGUAAGUACUGUGACAAGGAGUACGUGAGCCUGGGUGCCCUGAAGAUGCACAUUCGGACCCACACAUUACCUUGUGUCUGCAAGAUCUGUGGAAAGGCAUUUUCCAGACCCUGGUUGCUUCAAGGACACAUUAGAACCCAUACUGGGGAGAAGCCUUUCUCUUGCCCUCACUGCAACAGAGCAUUUGCAGACAGAUCAAACCUGAGGGCUCAUCUGCAGACCCAUUCUGAUGUAAAGAAAUACCAGUGCAAAAACUGCUCCAAAACCUUCUCCAGAAUGUCUCUUCUGCACAAACAUGAGGAAUCUGGCUGCUGUGUAGCACACUGAGUGACGCAAUCAAUGUUUACUCAAACAGAAUGCAUUUCUUCACUCCAAAGCCAAAUGACAAAUUAAAGUCCAAAGGCAUUUUCUCUUGUGCUUACCGACCAAAUAAUAUGUAUAGACACACAUACACACGUGCACACACUGAAUGCUGCGAGAGCACGGAAUCCAUGUGUUUAAAGUUAAUCCUUUCCAUGUGAAGUUGAAAAUUACUAUAUAUUUACUGACAGUUAGAUUGAGAUAAUAAAAGAUAAGAACCUUUCUCUUCAAAGAUGAAGUGAAAAGCACAUUGCAUCUUUUCUUGCUAAGAGAGAAUGCAAAGAUUUACAUUGCUGCCAAAUCAUUUCAACUGAAAAGAACAGUAUUGCUUUGUAGUAGAGUCUGCAAUGGAAUUUCCUAUAAGAAGAGAAUCUGCCAGACGCUAUCUCAGGUGCCUUAUAAAGUAUUCCAAGUUUACUUCAUUCCAUGUCUGAUGUCUGGUUGCCAUUGUUGAACUAAGGCCUUCUUUUUUAUUUUUUUUAUUACCUGUAAUGCUUUAAAGUAUAUUUUUAAGAGAGAAAAAAGAUCGAGAAACAAGCGAAUGUAUUAAAAGUAUUUUUUUUUUGUUUUUGCCAAUAAAUAGUAUGUGCCUUAGGGGAGGAGGGAAAGAUUAACUUUGAACAUUCCUGGUGCAUGCUUCAUUUCUUAUUUUUUAAAAGAACUCUAAUGAUUUCUAAAAUUAUUCAAGAUGGGAAUAAGUGCAAGAGACAAUUCUUAGAAAUUCAGUAAUGUACUUAAACCAUUUUAAAUGCAGAUGAUAAAUGCAAUAAUACAAUACCUAUUCCAAGUGCCUUUUUUAAUUAAUUGUAUAGUUGAUGAGUCCGUGUAAAUUUGUGUUUAUUUUUAUAUGAUUGAAUGAGUUUGUAUGAAAGUGAGAUGUUGUCUAUAGUUAUGACUAUAAACAAUCUGAAGACUUGUGAACUCAAUAUUUCUUUUUUAAAAAACAAUUUUUGAGGUCUUUUUUACAAUAAACAUUUUUGAUUUAAAA